CGCCAAAAAGAUAAAGGGAUAGGCACGAUGAUGCAAGUCUUCGUGAAGACGCUUGCGGGGAAGACCGUCAUCCUCGAGGUCGAGAGCGAUGACACUGUCGCCACCGUCAAGGCGAAGAUCCAGGACAAGGAAGGUAUCGCCGCGGACCAGCAGCGGCUCAUCUUUGCGGGGACGCAGCUGGAGGACGGCCGCACCAUCGCCGACUACGUCAUCCAGAAGGACUCCGCGCUUCACCUGGAGCUUGGCCUCCUCGGCGGCAUGCAGGUCUUCGUGAAGACGCUGGCGGGGAAGACCGCCGUCCUCGAGGUUGAGGGCGGCGACACCGUCGCCGCCGUCAAGGCUAAGAUCCAGGACAAGGAAGGUGUCGCUGCGGACGAGCAGCGGCUCAUCUUCGCGGGGACCCAGCUGGAGGACGGCCGCACCAUGGCCGACUACGGCAUCCAGAAGGAGUCCACGCUUCACCUGGAGCUUGGCCUCCUCGGCGGCUACUGUUGGAUCGAGCCAAACCUCCGCGCCCUCGUGUACAAGCACAACAUCAAAAAGAUGAUCUGCCGCAAAUGCUAUGCUACCCUGCCCCCUGGGGCCAGGAACUGCCGCAAGAAGAAGUGUGGCCACAGCAACCAGCUGAGGCGAAGGAAGCUGGGGCACUUCAAGUACUGUUUCAGGUUCUGCACCUGACUCACCAGUUGAAUCAACUGUCUCCGUUUGAUAUCAGAUCAUCAGUCUUUUAAAGCUUUGCUGCGGCACAAAAUUCCUCCUGGAUACUGAACAUCGACUACUCUUCUGAAUGCUUGGGUUAUCUUGACGGCAUGGUUAAUGUAGUUGAUAGCUUGAUAUGGUAGUUUAACUCUCUUGGCUGUGGGAUGAUCACUUCCCUGCUUUGUAUGCUGCUCCGUUUUUCUGCCUUUUGAAAUUCCGGCUUCCGGUUACUCUGUUCAUGUAGUUGGUACCACACUGCCAUGCUUCAGUUAACUGUUAACAUGGUGUUCACCGCGAUGAGGUUCUGUGCAGACGAUGAUACAGAUUAUAUGGCCAAAGAGAUAUUUCUACUUACAA